AUGAUUAAACUUUUCAUAAUAUAUAUAAUUAUUACUUUUGUACUUUUAAAAACCAAUGGUUAUUUACAAGGAAUUAAAGUUGAGGGUCGUAUUCUUUGUAAAAAAGUUCCUGUAUCAGAUUUAGAGAUUAUAUUAAAAAAUGAAAAUUUAUUAUUUGAUAACAUAUUGUCAAAAGGAAAGACCAAUAAAGAUGGUUAUUUUGUAUUAUCUGGUAAAGAUAAUGAAUUAAGUAGAAUUGUUCCUUAUGUUCAAAUUACUUGGACAUGUCCCAAAGAAUACAUUCUAUCACAUUAUGAUUCUAUGAAAUUUUAUGUAUUAGAAAAUGCUACAGUAUACUAUUAUGAUUAUUUUAAAUAUUAUUAUAAUUUUGGUGUAAUUGAUCUUUAUAAUGUUGUAGAUGAUUUGUAUCAAUUUCCAAAAACGUAUGUUUAG